AUGGACACGCAGUACGAAACGGUAAUCGGUCUCGAAGUUCACGUGCAGCUACGCACUCACAGCAAGAUGUUUUGCUCGUGUGGGGCUGACUACCAGUUGAUGCCGCCCAAUACCCGCGUGUGCCCUGUUUGCCUGGCGCUGCCGGGCACGUUGCCGGUGGUCAACUCCCGUGCAGUCGAAGAUGCCAUCAAGAUCGGCCUGGCUCUCAAUUGCAAAGUUGCUGAGACGACGAAGUUCGACCGGAAAAAUUACGCCUAUCCGGAUCUCAUGAAGGGUUACCAAAUAUCCCAGUACGACGUCCCGAUUUGCUACGACGGUUACAUGGACCUGCCGGGCGACCCGUCGUCCAGGAUCGGGAUCGAACGGGUGCAUAUGGAAGAGGACGUUGCCCGGCUGAUACACAUCCCGGGCCAGGAUGGAGAGGCCGGCCACACAUUGAUGGACGUCAACCGAGCCGGUGUGCCGCUCAUGGAGGUGGUGAGCCGGCCAGACUUGCGCACCACAGAUCAGGUCGAGGCGUAUAUCUCCAACCUGCAGAUGAUCAUCCGCUACAUUGACGUGGGUACCGCAAACAUGGAGGAAGGCUCAUUCCGAUGCGACGCCAACGUGAGCAUUCGCCCUGCCGGUUCAACAAAGUUGGGCGCAAAAGUUGAAAUCAAGAACAUGAACCGAAUCCGCGCCGUCACCCGCGCGUUGGAGUACGAGAUCGCCCGGCAGACCGAGGACGUCAAGGCCGGAAACCGCGUAGUGCAAGAAACCCGCGGCUGGGACGACGAAGUCGGGGUUACAGUGUCGCAAAGAUCCAAAGAGGACGCGCACGACUACCGUUAUUUUCCGGAACCUGAUCUACCUCCGCUGCGAAUAGGUGCGUCGCUAGUGGACCAUAUUCGCUCCGAACUGCCUGAACUGCCGGCCCUGCGAAAAGAUCGCUUCCAACAAUCAUGGGGAUUGCCGGAAUACGACGCUGCGCUGCUCACGUCUUCCAGGACCACCGCCGACUACUUCGAACAGGUGGUGCGAUCCGUGGGGGCAAUGGCAAAAGGCGAAAUGAGCGCGUUCGCGAAGGAAACGGCAAACUGGCUCAACGGUGAGAUGGCUCGACACAUGAACAAUGACGGGACCACGAACGUCUUCGAUACGCGGAUCAGACCCGAGAAUCUGGCGGUCCUCGUUGGGCGUUUUGGGCGACGCGAAUUGAAUAACGCCGGGGCAAAGCAAGUAUUUGGCGAGAUGUACCGGAGUGGCGCCGAUGCGGACGACGUAAUCGAACAACAGGGAUUGCAACAGGUCAGUGAUACAUCCGAACUCGAUCCCGUCGCUGACGAAGUGAUCCAGGCCAACCCCAGCGCGGUGCGAGACUACCUGGGCGGCAAGAAGACCGCGGUCCGGUUCCUUGUUGGCCAGGUCAUGAAGGCCACCCGCGCCCUCGAGGCCGAACCUCUGAUGAAGGAGUUGUUCGAGUACCGCUUCACGGAAGGCAACGGCCUCGCAGGACACUCAUUCGGGAACCUUUUCAUCGCCGCGAUGUCCGGCGUCACGGGAAAUUUCGAGCAGGCGGUCAGCGAGUCCAGCCGGGUCCUGAAAGUCACCGGCCGGAUAGUGCCGUCGACCCUGUGGACGUUCGGUUGA